CAGCUUUCCUGCAUGCUGGUUCUAUCCCCGUUGAGCCAGGUGGAAAGUCAUAGUGAGCGGUCACAGUGCUGACCUAUGCUACUGAACAUAUGCUGACAAUUGGUUUCGAAAGCUACUUAUUCAUCUCAGGCCUGAGAGCCAAGGUCCAACCCAGAAAUGUAUUCGAUAAGGCGAUUUGGAACCGAAGUAUGUUCACCAACUUUGCAUUGUACAUUACGAUCCAGUUAUCCUGGAGUCGAAAGUUGAUUUGCGCCGGGCCUCUGCAUCGCAUCGUGUUAAAGGUACCACGCACCAAGCCACUUUCAGACCACUUUUUUGUCGACCCUAAGGAGAAACCGAACAAUGAUAUGGCAAACAUGUACUGGCUUGCUGAUCAAGAUUCCGAGACCCUGAUAAAGAGAUUGAAGACUGCACGCCGAGACAGCGUAUGUAUAACCACCGCCCUAUAUUUUCCCAAUUCAGCUGCAUCAAAUUCAACCGUCCAUGCGGUAAAGAUAGACCAUGCCUUCUUCAUCGUUGCUGUUACUCUGAACCCCUUUGUCAAGCGACGGUUCCUCAAUCCAUACAUUGUCGAAGUCGUGAGCUCGAUAUCGACAACAGUGCACUGGAGCGGUGCAGUGGUGUCCCCCAUUCCAAUAGCUAAAUGAGUAUAUUGUCAUUAUCCCUACCAUUCGGUUCCUCAUAUCACUCGUGCAGAUUAAAAAUAUAUACAUUAAGCUUACGACAAAGAAUGUCCCCGACUGUACCCUGUCCUGUCCACAUCCACAUGCUAAGCCCA